AGGAGGCUCAGCAAAAAUCUGCUGUCCAUUCAUUCCCCUCCCCUUAAACGGUUAACCACUUUUCCUUUCGCUCUCCAUUCCAUUUUGUUUUUACCUCCUCCCUCAACUUCCCCACUCCUCAGCCCUUCCUCAGCUGAAUGCAUCACCAAGUCAUAGCCCUCAAAUCCCCGACCCCUUUUCCCCACCACCACCGGCAGCCGCCAAGCCCUUCUUCCCUUGGCCGGCUCCUUGUCCUUCCCAUUUCACAUACCCUUCGACCGAACAAUCCGUCUUGCUCCAUCGUCAGCUGCCGGGGAAUUCAUACCCCUGUCCCCAGACACCUCCCUCAUUCUCUUGCUUCCUCCAACGGUGCCCUUCACGACCGUAAACCCGUAGCUGUCAAGACCAUCGAUGUCGCCACACUUGGGAACCUCUGCGUCGAUAUUGUGCUCAAUGUUCCCGAAUUGCCCCCUCCGUCUCGGGAGGAUCGCAAAGCUUACAUGGAACAGUUAUCUGCGUCCCCUCCUGAUAAGAAAUACUGGGAAGCUGGUGGUAACUGCAAUAUGGCUAUAGCUGCUGCAAGGUUGGGGCUUAACUGUGUGGCAAUAGGUCAUGUUGGUGAUGAAAUCUAUGGGAAGUUCCUCCUGGAUGUGCUUCAUGAUGAGCGAAUUGGUACGGUUGAGAUGACUGAAGAAACUGAUUUUUUCAAUGGUUCUAUUGCUUCAUAUGAAACGCUUCUGUGUUGGGUGCUUGUGGAUCCUUUGCAAAGGCAUGGCUUUUGCAGUCGAGCUAAUUUUAGUAAAGAGCCUGCAUUCAGCUGGAUAAGUAAACUUUCUGAACCAGUAAAGAGUGCCAUUAAGCAUUCAAGAAUCCUCUUCUGCAAUGGUUAUGACUUUGAUGAGUUCUCCCCAAAUGUGCUAAUCUCAGCUGUAGACUACGCUGUAGAAGUUGGUACAUCAGUCUUUUUUGAUCCUGGACCACGGGGAAAGAAUCUUUUAGCUGGAACACCAGAAGAGCAGAAAGCACUUGGUCACUUCUUGAGGAUGAGUGAUGUCCUUCUUUUGACAUCUGAUGAGGCUGCGUCAUUGACAGGUAUCAGAAACCCAAUAUUAGCAGGGCAGGAGCUAUUGAGUAGAGGAGUAUGGACCAAAUGGGUGAUUGUAAAAAUGGGUGCCAAGGGUUCAAUUCUAAUUACCACAUCUAGUGUGACUUGUGCACCAGCAUUUCAGGUGAAAGUAAUUGACACUGUUGGAUGUGGGGAUAGUUUUGUGGCUGCCGUUGCAUUUGGUUUUAUACUUGAUGUACCACUCAUUACUACACUAGCAAUUGCAAAUGCCGUAGGUGCUGCAACUGCCAUGGGUUCUGGUGCUGGGAGGAAUGUAGCAACACUGAAGCAAGUAAUAGAACUCAUGAAGGCACCAAAUCUCAACGAGGAUGAUGAGUUCUGGAAUGAACUCCUUGGUGAGCAUUUAGACACUCAAGAGAUAACUUUUCUCGAAAAAGUGGUCAUAAAUGGAAGUAAUAACAGGAUGAAACUCAUUGCAUUGCAAAGGGUUGUUUCAGAUCUGCUACCUAAGCUUGAAUCUGUGCAAUUUGAAGGUAAAAUCCCUUCUUGAUAGAUUGCAAUGCAAUAUGGAAAAGAAUUUAGCGUUGGAUUUGGACCACUAACGUCUCGAUAUUACUAGAGAAAAGUUAGGCUAAAGUUUGCACCAUAUUAGCAGUUUUAAGUGAUAGUUAAUUGGUUAUAUACCUUAUCAAAAAGACGUGAUGGUUAUACCCAAUACCCAUAUAGUUUAGUGGCAUUAUUGAGAGCAAUUGUGAAUUGGACUUCAAGAAGCUUUUUGCAUACACCGUUUUUUCGCUGUUGCUAAACUUGCUCCUUAGGCUGCAGAUAUUUUGAUUGUGAUAUAAUUUUUCCCAAAUUUAUGAAGAAAGAUUUGGCUCAAAA